CCGGGUCUCGGGGCGGGGCGUUUGCUCGGCCUUUCCAGGGCCGUGGAACCCCAGGAGGAAGCUGCUGAGCCAUGGGCGCCUACGCGCGGGCUGCGGGGGUCAGCGCUCGGGGCUGCCUGGACGCAGCAGGCCCCUGGACCAUCUCCCGCGCCCUGCGGCCACCGCUCCCGCCUCUCUGCUUUUUCCUUUUGUUGUUGCUGGCGGCUCCCGGUGCUCGGGCCGGGGGAUACGAGACAUGCCCCACAGUGCAGCCGAACAUGCUGAACGUGCACCUGGUGCCUCACACACAUGAUGACGUAGGCUGGCUCAAAACCGUGGACCAGUACUUUUAUGGAAUCAAGAAUGACAUCCAGCACGCCGGUGUGCAGUACAUCCUGGACUCGGUCAUCUCUGCCUUGCUGGCAGAUCCCACCCGUCGCUUCAUUUACGUGGAGAUUGCCUUCUUCUCCCGUUGGUGGCACCAGCAGACAAAUGCCAUGCGGGAAGUCGUGCGAGACCUUGUGCGCCAGGGGCGCCUGGAGUUCGCCAACGGUGGCUGGGUGAUGAACGAUGAGGCAGCCACCCACUACGGUGCCAUCGUGGACCAGAUGACACUCGGGCUGCGCUUUCUGGAGGACACAUUUGGCAGUGACGGGCGACCCCGUGUGGCCUGGCACAUUGACCCCUUCGGCCACUCUCGGGAGCAGGCCUCGCUGUUUGCGCAGAUGGGCUUUGACGGCUUCUUCUUCGGGCGCCUUGAUUAUCAAGAUAAGUGGGUACGGAUGCAGAAGCUAGAGAUGGAGCAGGUGUGGCGGGCCAGUGCCAGCCUGAAGCCCCCGACCGCGGACCUCUUCACUGGUGUGCUUCCCAACGGUUACAACCCGCCAAUGAAUCUGUGCUGGGAUGUGCUGUGUGUCGAUCAGCCAGUGGUAGAGGACCCCCACAGCCCCGAGUACAACGCCAAGGAGCUGGUCGAUUACUUCCUAAAUGUGGCCACUGCCCAGGGCCGGCAUUACCGCACCAACCACAUUGUGAUGACCAUGGGCUCGGACUUCCAGUAUGAGAACGCCAACAUGUGGUUCAAGAACCUUGACAAGCUCAUCCGGCUGGUAAAUGCACAGCAGCAGGCAAAAGGAAGCAGUGUCCAUGUUCUCUACUCCACCCCCGCUUGUUACCUCUGGGAGCUGAACAAGGCCAACCUCACCUGGUAUUUGGGGAAACUGGGGAGCUUGGGGGGGUUGGCAUGCCCCGUUGGAGGCAGAGGGGCAGAUCCACGAGCAGAUAAGGCGAUGGCCGUGCUCCAGCAUCACGACGCUGUCAGUGGCACCUCCCGCCAGCACGUGGCAGACGACUACGCACGCCAGCUUGCUGCAGGCUGGGGGUCUUGCGAGGUUCUCCUGAGCAACGCGUUGGCGCGGCUCAGAGGCUUCAAAGAUCACUUAACCUUCUGCCGACAGCUAAACAUCAGCAUCUGCCCGCUCAGCCAGACGGCGGCGCGCUUCCAGGUCAUCGUUUAUAAUCCCCUGGGGCGGAAGGUGAAUUGGAUGGUACGGCUGCCGGUCAGCGAAGGCGUUUUCGUUGUGAAGGACCCCAAUGGCAGGACAGUACCCAGCGAUGUGGUGGUAUAUCCCAGCUCAGACAGUCAGGCGCACCCUCCGGAGCUGCUGUUCUCAGCCUCACUGCCUGCCCUGGGCUUCAGCACCUAUUCAGUAGCCCAGGUGCCUCAUUGGAAGCCCCAGGCCCGCGCACCCCAGCCCAUCCCCAGGAGAUCCUGGUCCCCUGCUUUAACCAUCGAAAAUGAGCACAUCCGGGCAACGUUUGAUCCUGACACAGGGCUGUUGAUGAAGAUUAUGAACAUGAAUCAGCAACUCCUACUGCCUGUUCGCCAGACCUUCUUCUGGUACAACGCCAGUAUAGGUGACAACGAAAGUGACCAGGCCUCAGGUGCCUACAUCUUCAGACCCAACCAACAGAAACCACUGCCUGUGAGCCGCUGGGCUCAGAUCCGCCUGGUGAAGACGCCCUUGGUGCAGGAGGUGCACCAGAACUUCUCAGCCUGGUGUUCCCAGGUGGUUCGCUUGUACCCAGGACAGCGGCACCUGGAGUUGGAGUGGUCGGUGGGGCCGAUACCUGUGGGUGACACCUGGGGGAAGGAGGUCAUCAGCCGUUUUGACACACCGCUGGAGACAAAGGGACGCUUCUACACAGACAGCAAUGGCCGGGAGAUCCUGGAGAGGAGGCGGGAUUAUCGACCCACCUGGAAACUGAACCAGACGGAGCCUGUGGCAGGAAACUACUAUCCAGUCAACACCCGGAUUUACAUUACGGAUGGAAACAUGCAGCUGACUGUGCUGACUGACCGCUCCCAGGGGGGAAGCAGCCUGAGAGAUGGCUCGCUGGAGCUCAUGGUGCACCGAAGGCUGCUGAAGGACGAUGAACGCGGAGUAUCAGAGCCACUAAUGGAGAACGGGUCGGGGGCGUGGGUGCGAGGGCGCCACCUGGUGCUGCUGGACACAGCCCAGGCUGCAGCUGCUGGGCACCGACUCCUGGCCGAGCAGGAGGUCCUGGCCCCGCAGGUGGUGCUGGCCCCGGGUGGCGGCGCCGCUUACAAUCUCGGGGCUCCUCCGCGCACGCAGUUCUCCGGGUUGCGCAGGGAGCUGCCGCCCUCGGUGCACCUGCUCACGCUGGCUAGCUGGGGCCCCGAGAUGGUGCUGUUGCGCUUGGAGCACCAGUUUGCCGUGGGAGAGGAUUCCGGACGUAACCUGAGCGCCCCCGUUACCUUGAACUUGAGGGACCUGUUCUCCACCUUCACCAUCACCCGCCUGCAGGAGACCACGCUGGUGGCCAACCAGCUCCGUGAGGCAGCCUCCAGGCUCAAGUGGGCAACAAACACAGGCCCCACACCCCACCAAACUCCCUACCAGCUGGACCCGGCCAACAUCACGCUGGAACCCAUGGAAAUCCGCACUUUCCUGGCCUCAGUUCAGUGGAAGGAGGUGGAUGGUUAGGUCUGCUGGGAUGGCCCCUCCAAGCCCAAGCCCCCUGCUCUGGGGGCAGAGCAGACUCUCACUCUCCUCUUGGGGCUGCUGCCAUUAAAAUGCUACUACUAAGACUCAG